AUGCAAUACAAAAAAACUUUAGCUACUGCUGCCUUGGCUACUUCUGCCAUGGCUGCUUACGUCCCAACUGAACCAUGGUCCACUUUAACCCCAUCUGGCACUUACAGUGGCGGUUUGACUGACUACACCUCUACCUUCGGUAUUGCCGUCGUUAGGAUCUCCACUUCUGCAGCCAAGGCCACAUCUUCAGUUGCUAAGAGAGAUGUAGUUUCCCAAAUUGGUGAUGGCCAAAUCCAAGCUGCUAAGACUACUAAGGCUGCUGUCUCCCAAAUUGGUGACGGUCAAAUCCAAGCUGCUAAGACUACUAAGGCUGUUGUUUCUCAAAUAGGCGAUGGUCAAAUCCAAGCUGCUAAGACUACUAUGGCUGCCGUUUCUCAAAUAGGCGAUGGUCAAAUCCAAGCUGCUAAGACUACUAUGGCUGCUGUUUCUCAAAUAGGCGAUGGUCAAAUCCAAGCUGCUAAGACUACUAUGGCUGCUGUUUCUCAAAUAGGCGAUGGUCAAAUCCAAGCUGCUAAGACUACUAUGGCUGCCGUUUCUCAAAUAGGUGACGGUCAAAUUCAAGCUGCUAAGACUACUAAGGCUGCUGUUUCCCAAAUUGGUGAUGGUCAAAUCCAAGCUGCCAAAACCACCAAGGCUGCUGCUUCCCAAAUUGGUGACGGUCAAGUUCAAGCUGCUACUAAGUCUGCUGCUGCUCAAAUCGGUGACGGUCAAGUCACUAGUGGCAAAUCUACUGAUCCUGUCACAGCCGUUUCCUGUAAGGUCGAUGGUACAUUAUCUAUGACCUUAAAGGAUGGUAUACUAACCGAUAGCAGAGGUAGAAUCGGUUCUAUUGUUGCCAACAGACAAUUCCAAUUCGAUGGUCCACCACCACAAGCUGGUGCCAUCUACGCUGCUGGUUGGUCUAUCACACCAGAAGGUAACUUAGCUUUAGGUAACAAUGAUGUCUUCUACCAAUGUCUAUCUGGAGACUUCUACAACUUAUACGACGAACAUAUUGCCGAACAAUGUUCUCCAGUUUACUUACAAGCUGUUGAUUUAGUAUCCUGUUAA